AUAAAUUAAAGGACCGAACUCAACCAAACCCAAAAUCCCCGUAGGACAUAAAAGGGGGGAAAAAGGGGGGAAAUUGCUUUUAACUCUUUCACAACGCGCCUCAAUGGCGUUUCAAUUUUUUUUUUUUCGAAAUUAAAUUCAUAGGGUUUCUACUUAUUCCUUCUCAAUUUUAGCGAUUUUUUUGCUCCAAUUUUUCUGCUCAAUUUCUUCGAUUCUAGAAUCUUCUAUGAACAAUUUCCCCCUAGUUUUUCCAUAAAUUAAGCAAAUGGUUCGAACUGUAAAACGCGAAACAGUGAAUUCUCCGAGUAAUGGAAUGAAAACUAGGAAUAAUGGUGCGGCAGCAGCAGCGGGCAGUAGCAGUAGCAAUGGCAACAACGGUUCGGUGGAGGAAGAGAGUGUAAUAGGGCGAAGAGUUCUUCGCUCUCAUUAUCUCAAUUUUAAAUCUCGCAUUUCUGAUGAAAGAGAGAAUAUAUCGACAGCUGAUUCAGACAAAUUUAAGUCAAUAAUUGAAGAAGUUGAAAGGCUACAUCGGCAAGUGCAAAAACCUAGGGAACAGGUUGCAGAUGCUGAAGCCUUGCUGGACAUCACAACCACAUUGGUGACAACUGUAAAGGCACAUAGUAAUGGAGGAGUGACCCCUUCAGACUUUGUUAGUUGCUUGCUUAGGGACUUUGACCAAGAAGGUGGAUCUGGCCGUAGGACAGAAGAGGAUGGGAACUCUAUCAACUGGAAAGAUGUUGGUCGUGCAGUCUCUCAUGUUUUCAUGGUUGCUCCUGGAUGCUGCACUAUGAUUGGACCUAUGAAUACUGAGAUUAAGCAACGGAAUCUCGUCGUUCGUAAAAAGCGUGUCAGGCCAACAGAAAGUGAACGCCCAGAGGAGCUAGAAGAAACUGCAGGUGAAGACAAGACAGACACUGACAAGAAUAUGGCGACAAUGUUCCAAAUUCUAAGGAGGCAUAAGAGUGCCAAGCUUGAAAACUUGAUCCUUAAUAGAAAAUCCUUUGCACAAACAGUUGAAAAUUUGUUUGCGCUAUCGUUUCUAAUUAAAGAUGGGCGUGCUGACAUAAGUGUAGAUGACAAACUCUGUCAUAUGGUUUCACCAAAGAAUGCUCCUGCUUCUAAUGCUGUCCUUUCUGGAGAGGUUUCUUAUAACCACUUCGUCUUUAGAUUUGACUUCCAGGAUUGGAAGCUUAUGUUGGCUACUGUUGCUGCUGGAGAUGAAUUAAUGCCACACAGAAAUGAUGCGGAUAUACUAGCCAAUUCUCAACCAGGACCAAGUAAUGUAGAUAAUGAACGAGCUGUCUCAACAACACCUAUAAGGAAGUUAUCUAGGAAUCGUGGUCUGGUUUUGCAGGAGCAGGCUGUAGUUGAAGACUCCCCAGAAAAUGACAAUUCUGCAAGAGCUGCUGCCAUUAGAAAAGGAAAGCGAAAGCUCACACAAGACUAGCUACGCUUAUCCACUUCGAGAUGAUACAGGAUGUUCUAUAGUUAUUUGUUAACUUCCUUUCAGAUUUUCCUCCCUGCCCUUUUUGGCCAAUAUCUCUUUGGUUAAUUGACGCAGAGAUAUCAAAUGGACAUUCGUUUUCCAUUUAUUGUGUUAUGGAGGGGGAUAUGGGAAUUCGAGUGUUGGGAAAUCGCCAAGUGAGCUUUGUGCUUACUGUAAAUUGUUUUCUGUUUGCACUUUGUAGUAAUGGUGACAUUGUUGGUAAUACUUACAGUGUCUGUUUCCAAA